AUGGCAGUGCAGCAAUGCACGGUGGCGCUCGUGGUGGCCGUCGCCCUCGUGGCAGGGCCAGCCGUCUCGUACGCCGCCGAAGCCGGCUACGCCCCGGCCGGGGCACAGCCCAAGGCCACGACCGAGGAGCAGAAGCUAAUUGAGAAGGCCAACAACGCCUUCAAGGCGGCUGUGGCGGCUGCAGCUGCAGCCCCUCCAGAGGACAAGAGCAACAUAUUCGUGAAGACCUUCACGCAGAACAAUGGCAACUGGUCUCUCGAGGGGGUCACCGACGCGUCCAACUCCAACGACAGUCUCAACACUAGGGUCAUCUUCGCUAUGAUGAGGGCCUUACUGAACGCCAAGGGCGCUACCCCGGAGGCCAAGUACGACUCCUUCGUGGCUAUCUUCGGCGAGUCGCUCCGCAUCAUCGCCGGCAUCCUCCAGGUGCACGCCGUCAAGCCCGCUGCCGAGGAAGUCAAGGGCCCGAUCCCUGCCGGCGAGCUCAAGGCCAUCGGCCAGAUCGACGCCGCCUUCAGGACUGCAGCCACCGCCGCCGACGCUGCCCCGUCCAAGGACAGGUCUGCCGUCUUCGACUCCGCCUUCGACAAGGCCAUCAAGGAGACCACGGGCGGUGCAUCCGGGGGCUACAAAUACGUCCCCGCCCUUGAGUCCGCCGUCAAGGAGGCCUACGCCGCCACUAAUCCCCAAAACCCCAAGAUCAGGCUCAUGACCUAUGAGACCGCCAUGGUCGACACCAUCUUCGCCAUGGCUGCCGUCGCCACCGCCGUCGCUCCCACGCCCGCCACCGCUGCCGGUGGCUACAAAAGCUGA